CAGCCCGAAAACCUCGAGGACGCGCCGCCGUGGAGCCCCGCGCGCAGGCAGCAGCCAGCUGCAGCUCCUUCCACCACGUUCUCCAGCUCCUACUCGGGCGUCUGCGGGAGGGAGCUCCUCCACUAGCGCCAGAUCCCCCACCCUACGCGCGCGCCCCGGCCUGGCCCUGCGCCGCCCCCGCCCCGCCUCCGCGGGCCCGGGGCUCCGCCCGCCUCGGUGCUAGCGGAGCGCACAGGCGACAGACUGGCGUGCGGCUCCGGACGCCCUCUCCUCUGGCCGCCGGGCUCCGCGGAGUAGCUGGGACCCAGGAGCGUGGCAAGGAUUUCCCUCCUGCUCCCUCCCCCCUCCGCCCCCGCUCCCGUCCCCCAGCCCGGGCUCUGAGAUCUCGCCGAAGACAAUUGCAGUAAAUGAGGACAUCGGAGGAGCAUCGAGCCGGGUGGCUGUGGCUGGCUCCGCCGCGCCGCGAACGAGCGAGCGCGCGGGUGUCCCCGAAGCCGGCGGAGCCGCUACCUCCCCGCGGGCGUCGCUGAGCCGGGCCGGAGGAACGCGAGCUGCGGCGCGGGGGCCGGCCGGGCCAGGCGGGCCGGGCCGGCGGUAGUGGAGGGGGCGGGCGGCGGGAGCGCAGCCGGCCAAGUACCAAGAGCCGAGCCUUCCGCCACGCGAGCCGGGCGAGCUUUGCCGCGGAUGCCCUGCCCCGAGUGCUUCCUGCCGCGCCAGGCUUGCCAGGGUCCGCGGCGAGACAUGCCCGAGCCAGGCGCUGCACCGACCUCGACUUAUCUGUAAGCAGCGGAAGGAACCAUGGUCAGUAAGGAAACCAGCAAAUGCACACUCCCGACGCCCGAGAGUGAAGUGGAGCCGGCUGCUUGCCUGGCCCUGGAGAUGAAAUAUGCCCUGGAUCCAAAUCGGCAGAUUAAAAAGCGUAACAAAGCCCUGCAGGUGCGCUUUAAGGAUAUCUGUGAGGCCCAGAAUGAGCAGAGGGACACACACCUUUCCUCGGGACAGCUGGGCGAGAAGCGAGAGGCCAAACCCGUGUCUUGCAGAGCAGCGUAUCGCAAGUACAUGACGGUACCCGCACGCCGCUCCAUUCCCAACGUCACCAAGAGCACAGGUGUGCAGACCUCACCAGACCUUAGGAAGUGUUACCAGACAUUUCCUCUGGACCGAAAAAAAGGGAAUCUCAAAAACAUCCCAGCUGCAGAGCCCUUCAAAAGCCAAAACAAUGGGUUCCUAACAGAUGUGAAAGAGAAGAGCCAGGCUGCUCCCAUGGAAGAGAUCCAAACUUGCAGCGCGGGGAGGAUAUACAAGACAACGGCCUUGGUUUUCCAUUCCAAUGAGCAUGUGAACGCCAUGGACCUGCUCCCUGGGCUUAACUGUGCAGAGCCCUGCAAAGACCCAGAUGUGUUCAGCCAUGCAGAGGCUCUACUCCAGAACUCCUCACAGCCUCUCUCGGAAGAGGCUGUGCACCAACUGCAGAGGAGAGCAAAGUCCGAAGGGGGGACCCCAGACUCAGAAGAGCCUGCUCCACUGGCCCACGGGAGGGUGUUUAAAACAGAGGUGGCCACCUUAUAUACACCUGUCAUCAGUGCUAGGACCCCAGACCCUGGCUUGUCGAACUCUGCUGCAGCCAGCCAGUGGUCCCUCUGCCCUGCAGAUGAGGAGCAGAGGAGAGCCACACAUCUCAAUGGACUGCAGGCAACCCCCAGCUCUGCACUGGCCCGCUCGCCCCCAGUGCAGUGUCAGUCACCGGAAUGUAAGGAGCAGCCCCUGCAGAUUCAGCCCAGUGCCAUGGCCAUGGCUGAAGGUGAAGAAUGCCAACAAAUUGUGCCUCACACAGAAGUGGUGGACCUCAAGGCACAGCUUCAGAUGAUGGAGAACUUAAUCAGUUCAAGUCAGGAGACCAUCAAAGUGCUCUUGGGAGUCAUUCAGGAGCUAGAGAAAGGAGAAGCCCAUCGGGAAGGGCUUUCAUAUCGGACGGGGCAAGACACAGCUAAUUGUGACACAUGCAGGAACAGUGCAUGUAUUAUCUAUAGUGUGGAGCUGGAUUUUAAGCAGCAAGAAGACAAACUCCAGCCUGUACUGAAGAAACUGCAUCCUAUUGAGGAAACUCAGGUCGCACCUUCGCCUUACACUCAGGAGACUUCCUCCUCAACGCCCAAGCAAAAAUCUAAAACUGAGUCUAAAAAGCACGGAAGAUGGAAACUCUGGUUCCUUUAAAACUCUUGAUGUGUAGUCUCAAGGCUGUCUUUAAACCCACUGGAGUUAACUGCGGUGCAGAUACACGCACUCCCUGCUUCUCGCCCUGCGUACCAAAAAGGCCUUUUGUACCAACAGAUCAUUAACAGAGCAAGGUAGUAAAUGCUACGCCUUGCCAGCUGUUCUUUGCAGUUCACUGAUGUGGGAUGUAAAAAUUUGAAAAGAAACUUAUAUAGUCAAGGAUGAUAAGUAAAUUCUAUCCCCUUCCUUCCCAGAUCUACAAGUAUCAGGCUGUCACUCUGUACACAGCUAAAACUCAUAAUUAUUUCCAAGCCUUUAUUAUUUUUUUUAAAUUACAAGAAGAAAAAGCAAGCCUUAUGUUUGCAAAGGACUUCAUUUUUAUGUUUCAUUUUGCAAAUAAGCAGGGGGCGAGUGCAAUUUUCAGCACAUCAAAUUCCGGAGAAAGCACAAUUUUUUCAAGUGGUCAGAGACCAUGAAUAAUCUCUAAAAUGUGACUCUAUGUAUAUUUGCCUUCAUGUGCUGUAGCGCUAAACCAAGUGACCACAUCUCAGUGUCACAUUGACACCUCAAAUUUAGCAUCUAGUUCAUCUCCAGACCAAUCACAUGUUUACUCCUCAUUUUCCAAAUAGCCACCAGCCAGGAGUCCCCAAAGUCAGAACAUGCCUUUAAUAACUGCAAGUUGACAGGGUCAGAGCUAUUGGACAUUAAGCUUUCUUAGAUCUCGUUUUUAAUCUUUUGGUACCCAAAGGCCAAAUGAUAAAUUCUGGCAAGAAUUUGAAAACACACAUAGAGAUACACAGUGGAUAAUUCAGUCACCAAUAAAUCACAGGCUCCCACACCAUGGCAGAAAGUGUUUCUGCAGAUCAAUCCUUGACAUUGUUCGCCCUGUUAGCACAGCCAAACGUUUUAUAUAAUUCGUUAUGCUUUGUAACAACUGUGCAAGAUCUGACCAUCUCAAAGAGAAACUGUGUUUUAUUUAGCUGCUACCAACAGACAGACUUAAUGUCAUCUACAUUUAACCUACUAGUAAAUUGUACUAAAUGACAUACUUAGGGGAAAGCUGUGAAUCAAAUGUUUUUAGGUAUUUUUUAAAUCCACAGGAACACUUGGAAUUCUCUCUUGAUUACACAUUGCUAUGUAAAUCUUAGUUCCUUUAUUUUUUCACUCAUUUCUUUGCACCUUUGCAAGUAUCUUUUUAUAGAAAUCAAAAUCCCCUAGUCUAUUUCUGACUUUGUCUAUCAAUUUUUUGCUUUUCACAAUAGGAAGUAGGGAUCUUAUUUUGCCUUUUUUUGUACAACUUAAAUUUUGAAUAGUUUGUGAACAUACCAGAAAACCUAGCCUUCAAGUUACUGUCCAGCAGUUUCAUAUGUGUGUACAGAAAGGCAUACCAGGCCGAGUAGAUGCCAAACACCAAGGCGGCUCACCUUGGUAAGAGGAUCUCAACCUGCUUUUUUCAGAUUAGAGCUCCUUCUUGCAGUUCAUGUUCCUUUUGACUCAACAGCAGUUUUAAUUUAGCUUUAGGGUUUAGGCUCUAUGGGAACCCAGUGAUCAGCAGUCAGUUCAGGACUUAAAAACUAACAGUACACUAUACACACAUUCUACGGAGAGGUAUGUUUAAUUUAAAACACACAAACAUACCUAUUUAGUGAAAUACUAAAUAAGGAUUCAAAUCCCUGAAGAGCAGGAAACAGAACUGAGAGAUAUUUUUGUGCAAGAAGAACAAGCAAGUUGAUCCCGUACCAUGAAGGAAGUGCAAUUGUUUCAUGUAGAUGAAAAAUGAAAAAUUUGAAAACGUUUCAUGUUUUUAUACUGUUUUUAACUAAAGUUAUAAAAAUGUUUGCAACAAGUUAUCUCUCCUAUGUUUUAAAAAUCCCAACCAUCUCAGUGUGUUGAACAAGGGUAUAUAAGCAGCUUUCUAACUAGUACUGUACAUCUGUCCAAGUGAGAGGACAUCAUAUUACAGAAGAGUCUCCAUUUCAAAUCAGUCUAGACCAAAAUGUAAAAAGAUUUAUAUUUCUAGAAUAAAAAAAAACUGAAGAAAAAUUAAUUCAGCUCUAAAAAUAGUAUUAUCCCAAACAGAAAACAGUGUUUUCAAAAUCAUUUCAUAGUUUAAUUGCAAUGUGUCACUAAAAGAUAGUGAUCCUUCUCUUGGAAAGAUUUAAGUAAAAACUUUGAUACAAAACCAAGGUGGAACACACAGUGUCCCCUCACAUGUAGAUGUACACAUGGCAUUACGUAUAGAGAUUAAAUUAUUAUACUUGUCAUUAGGUUCUUUAUUAAUUUUUAAAUAAAAAAGCAAAGGUAA